AUGGCUUCUUCAUCGUUGUUGAGAUUGCAAGAAAACCAUAUAUCCUCCUUUGUAUUUCAAGAGGAUACUUGUCGAAUUCUACGCUCUCGGAGAAUUUAUUUUGAAGAACCACAUCCGUAUAUUAUAAACUAUUUGAAGAUGAGUGGUUUCUAUAAUGCAUCUCAAGUUCGCCGCUUUGUACUUCUUCCUGAUUUGAUAAGUGCGUUGAUCGAAAGAUGGAGACCCGAAACACAUACGUUUCAUUUUCCUUUCGGCGAAUGCACAAUUACUUUGGAAGAUGUUGCGCUACAACUUGGACUUCCGAUCGACGGAAUGGCAGUUACAGGCUGCAGCUUAUUGGAUUGGAAAGAUGAGUGUCAAAACUUAUUGGGUGUGGUUCCUCCGGAAGAGCAUUUGAAUGGCUCAAGAGUGAAACUAACUUGGUUGCAGUCAACCUUUCAACAUCUCCCCGAGAAUGCGAGUGAAAAAGACAUUAAAUAUGCUGCUCGAGCAUAUAUUUUACGCUUGAUUGGUGGGGUGCUGAUGCCUGAUAAAUCCGGCAAUCUAGUGCAUUUAAUGUAUCUUCCAUUACUUCGAGACUUCAAGUUAGCUGGGACUUAUAGUUGGGGUUCUGCGUGUUUAGGCUUCUUGUAUAGGGAACUUUGUCGUGCUACAAUCCCAAAAACCCAUGACAUUGGUGGAUGCUUAGUGCUACUGCAGUCAUGGGCUUGGUAUCGAUUGCCAUUUCUUGCACCACGAACGGCAACUGCUCCUGUAUACCCCCUUGCUAGCAGAUGGAACAGCCGCAAGGUUCAUCCUGGUAUUCCAUCUGGCCUUCCAAGCAUUAGAGAACAACUAGAUCGAUUAGAAUAUGAUAAGUUUAUUUGGAUGCCAUAUUCUUCAAAGGAAAUUUUAGUAUGCCUACCUAUAGAGGCUUACAACCAUUGUCAUCUAUGGAACACGAACACAGCAUUGAUAUGCUUUGCAGUUGUGGCGUGGCACCAAACUGAUAGGGUAUGCGACAAUUCGGGAUGCAACAAUCGAUCUCUGAAAUGCCUAUGAACCUUGAUAUGCUUCACAAGAUUGAUAUGCGCGGGCAUCAUGAUGAACAGUGGCUUGCAAAGCAUAAAGAAUGGAUUGAGUUGUGGGAUAUGCGUU